ACGUCACGGUGGGAGUAAGUCAGUCCCGGCGACGUAGACACAGGAGCAACGAAUCGGGUUUACUUUUCAAAUAUUAGGUUCGAGUACCCAAAAACACGACAAAAAUGUCUUUGGCGGGUCUUAAAAAACAGUUUAACAAGGCGAAUCAGUAUAUGAGUGAGAAAAUAGGAGGAGCUAAAGGAACAGAACUAGAUGAUGAUUUUAUGGAAAUGGAAAGGAGAAUUGAUGUAAUGGGAAAACUUGUUGAUGACCUAAUAAAUAAAACACAAGAAUUUCUUCAACCAAAUCCAGCUUCCAGGGCGAAGAUAUUCGCUGCAAAUUCGUUUUCAAAAAUGCGAGGCCAAGCCAAAAAUACAUCCUACCCACAGCCAGAGGGCACUCUGGGAGAACACAUGAUAAAACAUGGCAAGGACCUGGGAGAAGAGAUGGAGUUUGGGUCCUGUCUGGUGGAGGCGGGGGAGAGCUUCAAACAGCUGGCAGACCUCAAGUAUUCCAUGGAGGACACUGUUAAGCAGAACUUCCUGGAACCACUUGGCCUGCUGCAGACUAAAGAUAUCAAGGAAGUGAACCACCACCGAAAGAAGCUGUCUGGACGGCGACUGGACUUUGACUGUAAGAGGAGGAAGAAGGAUAAAGAGGCCGGAGCACAGAAGUCAGGCUCUACUGUCACAGAGGAAGAGAUUAGAGUGGCAGAAGAAAAGUUUGAAGAAUCAAAAGAACUUACUGAAACAGCAAUGUACAACUUGUUAGAAAAUGAUGUGGAACAGAUAGCACAGCUGCAGUCCUUUAUUGAGGCAGAAGUUGAUUAUCACAGAUCUGCGGUAGAUGUUCUACAAAACCUGCUAACCACCUUGGAUACAAAACGUAACCAUGCUAUGUCACGACCAAAAUCGGAACAUGUACCCAAAAGAGCCUCUAUCAGAAACAGGACGCCAUCGCCAGCCAACUUCUAUGAAUCUACCAAUGAUUUUGACACUACGAGUUCUAACAGUUACAAUUUCAACUCCUCCCCACAGUAUGCACAAGCUGAGAAGAAGCAGCCUUGUUGUGAAGCAAUAUAUGAUUUUGAGCCUGAAAAUGAAGGUGAACUUGGCUUCGCGGAGGGUGACAUCAUCAACCUGGUGUCUCAGAUUGACGAGAACUGGUAUGAGGGCUCAAUCCACGGAACCACUGGCUUUUUCCCCGUCAACUAUGUCCGUAUAGUAGUGGACCUGCCCCACUGAGGCCUCUCCAUCGUCUACUACCUGUGUUAUGGAACUGGCUGGGACUACAAGUUAACAGAAUAAUAUUGUUUAUGGCAUGCAUAUGUAGAGUGAUUAGGGGGUUCGUCUGUUGUUGAGACAGCUGCUCAGACAAGGUGUAACAGGGACACUGAUAACCCCGCUCAGAUACAGGUCACAGACAACAAUCUCUCAUAGAACUUACAGUCACACUCUUUACAUGGAUUUCUGGAAACUCCAAUACUCAUCUAUACCAUUGAUCAAUAAAAUUAACAAUAUGUGUCAAAGGGUUCUGUUGGUGAAUUUCAGAUAUGUGGUAUGAACAUCUAGAAGAUAAGUACAUGUAUAAUGGGUAAGGAAACUUUUAAACAAGACAUAUUUUUGAUUGAGUUUACUAGGGUUAGGUAAGUUUUCUAUCGAGUUUACUCGGGGUAAGGUAAGACAUAUUUUUGAUUGAGUUUACUCGGGUUAGGUAAGACAUAUAUUUUAUUGAGUUUACUAGGGGCUAAGUAUAGAUACUGAAUAUAUUAUACAGUAGUUCUUGUCCAGUCUGACCAUGCUAUAUAUAUCUGGGACCUUGAUAUAGCUCUGUGUAUUCGGGAAAGAAAGAUGAAUGUUAUUAACAAACCAAAGGACAUUCUAUAUAUUUAUCAAUUAUUUAAGAAAAAAGAGUAAUUAAUAUAAUAAAGAAACUUUGUAUAUAUUUAUGCCAAAUUCUAGAAAGUUUAACCAUUCAAUAUAAAGGAACAACAAAUACAGAUGAUGGAAGAAAAUACUAUUUGAUAGCUGAACAGUGUGAUACACAAGUUUAGAUAUGGAGACCAUGUAACCCUGCCAAGACCAAACUGAGUACGAGGAGGAGACUUGUAGGUUUGUUGUUACAUCUGUUGUUAAGUUUGAUAGACUUCCUGUCAGAGAGGUUUUACCGACUUCCUGUCAGAGAGGUUUUACCGACUUCCUGUCAGAGAGGUUUUACCGACUUCCUGUCAGAGAAGUUUUACCGACUUCCUGUUAGAUAGGUUUUACCGACUUUCUGUCAGAGAAGUGUAUUCCAUGUUGAGGGACUGUGUUAUGUUUAUGUUAAUAUGAUGUUUGAGAGUGAACCAUCUCUAAGAACAUGUCAUUAGUAGUUAGUUAUAGCACAGGAAAUUUACUGUCUGCAAUUUUACAGAAUGAAAUCCAACAGUUUAUGGUUCGUGAUUUUCCACUUGGAAGUAAAAGGUAGAUUUAUUGUGUAUAGAGAGAAAUGAUGGAUCAAGCAGUUGUGAUCCCCAGAUUAAUCUUCAGUCUACUAGUGUGUGUACAAGAAAAUUCAAAAAGUAGCUAGCUGUGGAGAUGUCCCCAGAUAUCUGAAGUAUAUGGUGCUAAGAUUUUAGGAUAUCUCAGAUAUCCAGAACAUGUCUUGUGUACAUGUCCAGAUGAAAAAAAAAUAACAUUACAUACCAUUACUGCAUUUUUCAUCUACAAAUCUACAUGUUUUAUAUUUGGAAGGUGUUCACUGAUGUUGACACAGGUAUACAAACAUUUACAUAUCCAGUACAGAGGAAAUCAUGUUGUGAAGAUUUCUGUCAACAUCAAUAUGACUAGGUAUCUGGGAGACAUCUCAAAGUGUAUACGAUACCAUUUAUUUCUCCACAUAAAAUGGCCAAAGUUGUCAGAGCAGAGUAGAAUCAACAAUGCUAGGUGGGGUUUUCUCAAAUCUUGAAAAUCUAUUUAUCUAUUCAGUAACACAAGCUAAACGUUCACUUUGCUCGGAUAACCUUGGUCGAAAAAUCUUUACAUAAGAUUUAUCAUGUUGUGAUGUUAACUUAUUAAAGUUUGCUUUACAGAGUUUCCUUGUAUCAUAAGUAUGGUAGCUUGGAAUAUAAACACUUGCUUUAACUUGAGAUAAAGCUGCCUUCCAACCCUAUGUGUUUCUAUAGGUCAUAUUUUUUUCAUGACAGUUUGAAUAUUUGGUGAUCAUGUCAUAGAGAUGAUAAUGUUACAGUAUCUUAUUACAUUUUUUUUACAAAACAAUUAAAAUUGUUCCAUGCUGGUGUAUUUGAAUGUCAAUUCUAUCAAUCUUGUACUUUUUUCUGUACAUGAAAUAUCGUUUAGAAUAAUCUUAAUCAAGACUUCUUGUAUUAAAAAAAAAUGUUUAGUAAAACAAAAUAUGGACAUUAGUAUAAUGUUAUUACUUAUAAUAAUCUUAUUAGCAUAGGAUUGUACCAAGAAUUUUUAACAUUCUGUAAUAGUUUUAUUCAGUAUUUGAGCUUUAAAAGUUAAACUUGCCAGAUAAGUGUUUUUCCUUGACGAUUUUGAUAGUGUAGGUUUAAUAUAGAUCUAGAUUUUGUCUAAGAGUACCGGUGUACAUUAAUAAACUUGCUUCAUUUUAAUAGUAGAAAUAGAUAGCGGGAUUAAGCUGUAAAUGCCCAAGUGUCAAAUAUAUCCAUGAAAGUGUUGACAAAGAUCAUGAAAUGAUUUAUUGGAAAUCAAAAUUAUAUAUGUACAAGUAGUCUCAAAUUAAUUCUAAAAACUGAAGUGAACUAGCUAAGGUCUGCCUGCUUUUUAAUGAUAAAAUGAAAAUUGUAAACCAAUCUUGUCUCCACAUGUAAAAUGAAAAUUGUAAACCAAAAAUUUGCAAUCUUGUCUCCACAUGAUGCAGAUAUUUUGUUGAUAGAUCUGAAUGCUGUAAAACAUUAUAUUUCUGUGUUUAAUUUUCGUUCCCAAACUGUGUCUGCUUUACUCACAAAAACUUGAAUUUGUGAGUGAGAGGAUACUAUUUCAUUAUUGAUAGUACACAUAAUUAUUUCUUGAUAUUUUUUUUAGGAAAAAUUAUAAUUUGCAAAUGGUCCUUGUAAUUUAACAUGAAAAUUACUAUCACAAAAAUAAAUUGGUUAACAGUGUGUGGCAUGCUUCAAUAUAAAAGUUAUUGCUGUUUUGUAUUCCUAAAACGAAUGUUAUAUACAGACCUGACAAGGCGAGUCUAGAUAAUAGAUUUGUCCAUUGUAUGCAGUUGUCUGCUUGCUAUGCAUUUAGGGUGACUACAUGUCAUCAGUCUUUGUCUCAAUAUGGCUACUGAUGUAUAACGAUACCCCGCUACACAAAGUGAGGUUUAAUCAUGUGUCUGGUAGCCAUGUAUUCUCUGAAGACAAUGGACGUUAGUGAUUUGCUCAAAAAUUAGCUAUUUAAUGGUUCAUUCCAAUUUUAAUUUUGUUCUUUUGACAUUUCACCGAUUCAGAAGUGUUUUUAUCUUGUGCAAUUGAACCUUGCUAUGUUAUUUUCAUAUAUUUUUAUCAUUGAAGACAGCAUCAAUCACGUAUAUAUCAAUUAACAUAGAUCUAGUAUAUACUAUAGACUUGUUCAUGGGUGAUAAGAAAUGAGAUGUAUUUGGUUUCAUAUUUUCUUCGAUUUGUAGAUAAAGAUAUUCAUGUACAGCCAUAUAGAUUGUGCAUUAUACCACAGUAUGUAUGUGUAUAUAUGUAUUAUGAUGUUACGUUGUAAUAUAAUAAAUUCACAGAAAUUU